AUGAGUCUGGUGGAGGUGAGGCAGACAGCGGGGUCUCUCACCCUGUCCCUGUCCAGCAACGACUCCAAGGAGCGCUACUUCGACCGCGUGGACGAGAGUGACCCAGAGUACCUCCGCAGCAGGAACAUGUCGCCGGACCUGAGGCAGGACUUCAACAUGAUGGAGCAGAAGAAGAGGGUCACCCAGAUCCUGCAGAGUCCAGUGUUCAAAGACGAGUUGGAAGGUCUGAUUCAGGACCAGAUGACGAAGGGCAACAACCCUACAGGUCUUCUGGCUCUGAGACAGAUUGCUGACCUGGUCAUGGCCAGCACCUUGGGAGGGGUUGGCCCUCUGACUUCGCCCAUCAGCCUUGGGAUGGUGACUCCAGUCAAUGACUUGUACAGCAUUGAGUCUCCCUCGUUUGCUAAAGGGGAGAAACAGAGUCGCUGCAAGCUGGCCAGCCUCUACAGGCUUGUUGACCUCUUCAGCUGGGCUCGUUUUACAAGCUCCUACAUUACUGUGCGUGUCAAUAAAGAGCAGGACCAUGUUCUGAUCAGUCCACGAGGUCUGUCUUUUUCUGAGGUGACGGGAGCAAAUCUGGUGAAAGUAAACAUAAUUGGAGAGGUGGUGGACCAGGGUUCUACUGAUCUGGGUAUCGACCACUUUGGGUUUGCUCCUCAUGCUGCCAUUUACUCUAUGCGCCCUGACGUGAGAUGUAUCAUCCACAUACACACCCCUGCUACAGCUGCAGUGUCCUCGAUGAAAUGUGGAAUCCUGCCCAUUUCCCAGGAGGCUUUGCUUCUGGGAGACGUGAGCUGCUUCGGUUACCAUGGCAGCCUGGAUAAUAAAGAGGAGAAGGUGGAGUUUCAGAAAGCUCUGGGCCCUUCUGCCAAGGUGAUGAUCCUGAGGAACCACGGGCUGCUGGCUUUGGGAGAAACAGUAGAAGAGGCUUUUCACUAUGUGUACCACUCACAGCAAGCUUGCGAAAUCCAGGUGAAUGCUUUGAGUUGUUCUGGCAGCGUGGACAACCUUGUGCUCCUGGACAGGCAGAAGUUUAAACCCUUGACCCAGGGAGUGGCCGCUGCUGGGUUGGUGAUGGACAACGAGGUCAAGUGGAAAGUGGGCGAGGCCGAGUUUGAGUCCCUUAUGAGGAUGCUGGACAACCUGGGAUACAGAACAGGCUACUCCUACAGGAACCCCAUUGUCCGUGAAAAACCCCGCUCUAAGAACGACGUGGAGAUCCCUGCCACAGUGUCAGCUGUGCCACCGGAGGACAGUGAGCUGGGUCUGCGAAGCCCCUUCAAGUUUAUGGUGCAGAAACAGCAGAGAGAAAGGACCCGGUGGCUCAACUCGCCCAACAGCUACUUGAAAGUCAAUGUUCCUGAACAGUCACCCAGCGGGGAUGUCAGCCCCAGGACCAAGACUAUGUGGAUGAAGUCUUCACAGCCAGGCAACAGUAUCGGUACACCAAUAAAGAUUGAGGACCCCAACCAGUUUGUCCCACUCAACACUGAUCCCACAGAGGUUCAGGACAAGAGGAACCGGAUCAAAGAACAGCACAGAGGUGACCAGAUGACUUCGGGACCAAAAUCUCAGUUACUUGCUGGCAUUGUCGUGGACACUAUUCCAGGACCAGCUUUCAUCAUUGAGGACGAGGAGCACACUCGCUCUCUUCCCCCCAACCCUUUCAAUAAUCUCACAGAGAAGGAGCUGGAGGAAUACAAGCACACAGUAGAAAGAAAGCAGCAAGGCCAAGACGAAGACGAUGAUGCCACCGAUGCAGAUGAGAUGACAACAUUUGAUGGCUCUACUAUCUCCCUCUCCCUCUCUCCCAUAAUGACACCGGCUAAACAAGACAAAGUUCCCAAUGGGAAAGACCACUUGGCCGAGCUGGAGGACGAUCUGAGCAUGGAGGUAUCCAAGCUGAGCGUGAGCACUUCGGAAACGGUGGAAAUCUCCAUCACAUCGAAGGAGAACUCGGGGGAGGCUCAGACCCCGGAGAGCCAAACCAAGUCCCCCAAGAAAAAGAAAAAGAAGUUCCGCACACCUUCAUUCUUGAAAAAGAGCAAGAAAAAGAAGGAUGAGAAAGAAAAAACAGAAGCCUAAAGGCGUUUACUGUAAAAACAAAUAGUGUUUUGCUAGUAAAACAUCUGAAUUAUGUUCUGAAUUUCCAGCUUGUUGAAGGGAAGUGAAAGACAAAUGACUAUCAUUUAGUCAGAAGGUCUCCCAGGACUGUGUUGUUUGUACACACCUUCCCUCAUUCACAGCUAUUAUUUCAUGUGAAUGUUUUUUCCAAGUUGCUAAAAUGGAUGUUUUUUUUUAAUUUCCCCUGAGAAUUUGUGAUUGACCACUCCUGAAGGGCUCAGAAAACUGAAAUCAAAUGAAAGGUGACUACAGAAACUGCAUAUUUGUGGUUGUUAUUACCCAUAUUUUUAAUGGGGAUUAAAAAUGGAUAUCGUAAGACUACGUGGUCGCGAAGGUUAUGAAAUCAAUUUCCAGUUACGUAUUUGUGAUUUUUACUUUUUUCUUUUUGCACAAGUUGAUUGUUGAAUGUAUACUGAAAGCUAGGAGAAUUGUUUUAACAAUUUUAAAACUUAACAAUCACACUCGUGGUGUAACAGUGGCUGAACAUAUUAAGAUUAUAUGACGUUUAGCCUUAUAAGAAGUACGAUUUGUAUCUGAUCCUAUUCAUAGUUCUAUUAUCUUGUAAUAAUAUAUGUUGCUUUAUAUUAUAGGUAUUACAAUAUAGUGUUUGAUAAUUGAAGAAAUGAUUUGAAAGUCUUCACAUAUUUACUUUACAUACUAACUCUUAUACUAAACAUGCUGUGAUUGAUAAUUAAGUAAUAAUUCAUGUUUUUACAUUCCUGUCAGUGGUAUUGUUCCCAUGGUUGCUGCUUUAUUGUAAUUGUGACAAGGAAUUGACUGUGACUAACAGGAAGAGCUCAGCAAAGUGAGGAUUCUUGCCUAUUGAUGUUAGUGAGUGUCGAAGUCUGACUUGUACAGAAUUGACAGAAAUUCACUACGUGUUUGGAUGUGGACAAUGGAAGUGCCAAGCCCGAAUCACAGAAAGUUGAAUGUGAUGGAUGUUUUGACUCAUUUUGUCCAAAUAGUUGGUUGACGGCAAUAUGCUGCAGAAAGCUUGUCUUCAUAGCCACUGUUAGAGGUUGAUAUAAAGUAUAUUAGCGGACCAUUAUAUUUACAUCCCAGUCAAUAAUGUGAAUGAUUUGUUUUAACCCAAAGGGAGUGAACUCUUUGCCUUUGUAAAUAGUUUGUUUUUGUGAAGUUCUUUUGUUGAAACGCUAAACCAAAUGUUAAACAAUGAAACAUAGAAAUGUGACAGUACAAUCUAAUAACAAUAUUUUAACAUUUCUUUUAUCAUAAUGUUUUUUUUUAAUUCACCUUAAAGCACAGCGCAUUGUGUUUACAAACGGUAUUAUGUAAUUUGUGUGCCUAGUGCUUGUAACUUCUCUGUUUACAUUGCUAUUUGUGUCCCCAGGGUUGUUGUUUUUUUCCACGGUGCUUUACAUUACAGUCACCUUGCCUCAAAGUCAGUCCUUUUUAAAUUGCCUUCCACCUGAUGUAAUAAAAGCUGGCAUAUGUUUCCGUA